AUGAUCCGACUGCACCGCAACUUGGAGGGGCCGUUCCAGUGUCGUUGCUUCCGCCGUAGUGCUACAACUCACCGCGUUGGCACCGGAGGAAAUGUAGAGGGAGUCGUGGCUUCUUCUUACUCGUCCCACGCCAGAGACAUAACUGCCUCUCCCACAGUUCCGACGCUCUGUGGAGAUCGAGGUCAUGAUGGAAACGAACCUGAAGAGCCAGGGGGCGGGAAAAGGCAGAGGCAGCCUGAGCACGGAGCGGCAGCCGCGUCGUCUGCCACGUACAAAACAACGCGUAAACGAACUGCGGAGAUCAAGGUAAGGAAGCGCGCUCCUUGGGGCAUGCAGCAACUACGUGAUUCGUGGAGCGUGGACGCCAUGACAAAGGGAGACAGAGAAAAUAUGAGCGAGCGUAUUCACAGGGAAUAUCGUUACCACCCGGAGGAGUUCCGCCGGAACCACAUUAAGGUGGCAGCGCUGCUCACAAUCCCCGCGCUUUUAAUUGGUGCGUUUAGUGGCUAUUUCUAUCAGACGGGGCGGCCCCUGUGGGAGGCUGAUCCACAAUACCUGUUGAAUAUGAUAAGGCAGAUGGAUGCUUCACCGCGCAGCACGCUUCAUCCCUACAAACUUGAGGAAACAGAGGUGCUCCCCGCGCACGUGAAGGCAUACAGGGAAAAGAAUUGGGAAAAACGUCUUUUAUUGGAGGGCUAUCCCCUUGCCACCGAACGGUGA